ACAAAGGACGCGCGAGGAUCAACAAUGUUCCAGCAUCCAACCAAAGUUCUAUUCUUCCGCAUUGUACCUUAAAGUAAGAACGAUCUGUCUAAGCACAAGCUCGUAUGAUGAUUCAUUCCUUUUUCUUCGUUCCUCUCUCCAUGUAAGAACUAAAGGUUGCAGCAAUAACAUACAAGAGGGAUUGAAUGUGCGGCUAGUGGCAGUUGUUGUAGAUCCGCAGUACCGUGCUCUUUUCCAUAAUGUGAUGUGAUAGCGAGUAGUGGCUCAACAGGGACGGGGAUUGAUUCCAAUCUUUCUCCAGACCAGAGCAGCCGAAGUGACUUACCAAGUCAUUCCAAAAGGUCUAUCGCUGGAACACCGGGACACAUUCAUUGUCUUUUUUAACUCUCCCGGGAUACACUCUCCAUCAACGUCACGGAUCUUUGGGAAGAUCUCACCGGUUACAAUGCAAUGCGUGUCUCGGCAGCGCAGGAGGAGAUAAGAGGCAGGUCGCCUGGCCUCUAUGUUUCCUCGCCAGGAUGCGUGUCCAUACAGGGCUUUAAAGGCCCCGAAGCGCGCAGCGUAAUCGCAGGCUCUGUCUCUCUCCCUCUCUCUCUCUCUCUCUCGCAUCAUCGCAUUAAUGAAAAGGCUGGACUUUUGAUUAGCAGCGUGAUCGUCAGCCACUAUAUGUUGGUGAUCAUGGAACACAAAAUCUCGCUUGGAUCUUCUUCGACUCGCAAAGAAUUCUACUUAACAAGGUAAGCAAAAAAUCUUAUUAACCAAAUCUCGCAGGGUUCUUUGUUCCAGUGGAAGCACCUGGACAGGGGACGACCAUUUCCAAAGCCACGGUAUAAAAAGUUAAAACAACGUUGCCUCGCAAUCUGUUAUUUGAAAGCGCCCCGGCCAGCGUGGAAGCGUCAACAUUUCUUUUACGUUGUGACCAUCGGGGGCCAAAGCAAAAGAUUGCGACCGCUACGUGAUUAGUGUAAAAGAUGUGGAAAGAAAAACGCUCCCGGAAAGAUGACCUAGUUUUUCUUGUGUGUGCUGUGUGUGUUAUAAGGUCUCGAGGCUGGGACUUUUCUUUGUGUGUGGGAGAAGAAAGAAUUGAAGGGAAGAAGGUAUGGCGCCGGCGAGGACGAUCGAUUGCGCUGCGACGAGGAGGCGGCGCUGCUAGGCGCCCGCGCAACGCUGUUCGGGUGGGAGCUUUCGGCGCUGUGGCGUGCUGAUCCGUGGAGAGAUGGACGAUUCCGGGGGAGGGAGGUCGAAAUUUGUGAGGAUUUGUGUGUUUUGCGGCAGUAGCAGCGGGAAGAAGACGAGCUACGGCGCCGCGGCUGCCGACCUCGGCCGCGAAUUGGUGAAGAGGAAAAUCGAUCUGGUUUACGGAGGCGGCAACGUCGGACUGAUGGGACUUAUAGCGGAAGCGGUUUACGAAGGUGGCUGUCGCGUUACUGGAGUAAUCCCAAAAGCGCUGAUGCCUCACGAGAUUUCAGGCAAGACGGUCGGAGAGGUGAAAGUCGUAUCCGACAUGCACCAGAGGAAAGCCGAGAUGGCACGGCAGGCGGAGGCCUUUAUCGCACUUCCGGGCGGAUAUGGUACGCUAGAGGAGCUGCUGGAAAUGAUAACGUGGUCCCAGUUAGGCAUUCAUGAUAAGCCUGUCGGCCUGCUAAACGUUGAUGGUUACUACAAUCCGCUGCUCGCCCUGUUUGACAAGGGCACGGAGGAAGGAUUCAUCAAGCCGUCGUCCAGGCAAAUUGUCAUCUCCGCAUCGACUGCGGGCGAGCUCCUUGAUAGACUAGAGGCUUAUGUUCCAAACCACGUCUCGGUUGCUCCAAAAGAGACGUGGGAGAUAGAACAAUUGGGGUACUCGGCAGCAUCGGCACCCCCAAGCCAUACGCUGUGAGAAAAUGUUUAAACCAAUUCUUUUGUUUUUCAAGAUCAGUGGGUAGUAGAAUCAGUGACUAUGUGUUGGACCCUUGAAAAGCUCAAGGCUUAACUAAACCAAAGUUUAUUCCAUGUAGAA